UGGAUAAAAUCUUCGAAAUGCUUACCAAAGUAGUAAAGUUUCUGAGCCUUUUUGUCUUUUUCCUGGCAACAUCAGUGGCGGCUAAAUAUCUUGCCGAAAAACCCGACUUUCUCACUCCGUGUGUUGUGGGCGAUGCUGGCUUUAACAAAUGCCUGACCAGCAACUUUCAGACUUUCUUCCGCCAGUGGAAGGAUGGAAUUCCUGGGAACAAUGCAGUGGGAUCCUUUGACCCACUCUACAUCAAGCGAGUGAAAUUCGCGCAGGAUGCCAGCAGGGCUAUAGCCAUUAAUGCUGAUCUGAAGGAGGUCUACGUCGCAGGGGCCGGCCAAGCGGUGGUCUUAGAAGCCAGUUGGGAUCCCAAUCACUAUGUGGCCAAGGCUUUGAUCACUGUUCCCAAGCUGCGUUUCAAUUUCGAGUACAAAGUCAAAGGACAUGUAGUGGCGCUGAAUCUCAACGGACAUGGCAAUGGUUACUUUGAAGCUGAAAAUGCACUGAUAUAUCUGGAAUUGGCCGUCAAACCGCAAGCCACAGCGGAGGGAAGUUUUGCAAAUGUGCAGAGCGUUAAAGUCAAUUUCCGCGAGAUCAAGCAAUUCCGCAUCAAGCUCGAAAAUCUCUUUGGUGGCAACAAGGACCUGGAGGAUACAGCCAAUACUCUUUUCAACGAAAACUGGCGCGAUUUUUACGAGGUUCUACGUCCGGCCGUGGAGCAAACUGUUAGCGGAGUUCUGCUGGAUCGAUUCAAGAAGACGUUUGCCUACGUGCCAGCCACUUACUUGAUUAAAGACUUCCAUUAAAACUCACACAGCAAUUUCCUACUCUCAAAAUAAUUUUAAUUAUAUUUUUGUGAUCUAUCUUCAUACCAAUAUUCAUUAGGAAAAAUAUGUAAAAUAUAUUGUGGGUUGUGAAAAACAUUAUUUAAAUAUUCGGAGUUGUGGACUCCCCAAGCCCCACUAAAUAAAUUGAAACAAAGUGAAGAAAAGGUUGAAACAAGUUUAA